AUGUCGCUCCCGAAUGUUUCCGAUGUCGCUCUCUGGUUCGCCCUGGCUCUGGGGCUUUGGAUCUUUUUGAGUAAACUUUACCAGGCCUAUGCCUCGCCUCUGAGAGAUGUGCAGGGCCCGUGGCUGGCAAGGUUCACUCGGUUCUGGUAUGCGAGGUCAACAUACUCGAGACAGGGCCACAAGAUCAAUAUGGAUUUGCAUAAGAAAUAUGGACCCAUCGUUCGCAUUGCCCCCAACGAGUAUAGUAUCGACGAUUUGGAAGCCUCCAAGAUCAUUUAUCGCUCUAGGGACCCUUUGGUCAAGGCGCCACGAUAUGCAGGGUGGGGUUUGCCGAAUGCAGAACCGAGUACCUUCACCACACUUGACAACGCUCAUCACGCGGCACGCAUACGCCAGGUGAACUCAUUGUAUCAGACUAGCGCGCUCGUGAAUAUCGAAUAUCAGGUCGAUGGUGCGACGAACGAAUUUGUGGAGAGACUGUCGGGAUUUGCGAAAGAGGGGAAGACAGUCGACAUGGGUGAUUGGUUGAAGUACUAUGCCUUUGAUGCUGUUGGGUCACUCUCGUUUGGCAAGCCUUUUGGCUUCCUUCAGAAAGGGACAGAUAUCGCCGGAAUCCUGGAGACCAUCCAUUCUUAUGCAUUCUACGGUAUGGUUGCGGGAAUAUACCACGAGUGGCACCCUACCACGUACAGGAUAUGGCAAUGGCUAGCCCCCAAGGAACGCGGUGGAGGCAUAGCACACAUUAUGCAAUUCGCAGGCCGAGCCAUAGAUGACUGGAACCAACGCCUAGAAUCAGAGAAAGCGAUGGAUGAAGAGAAGACUGAAGGUGGUGACCUCUUGUACACUAAUCAAACAGGCUCUCUGCUUGCGAAGGUCCGAAGGAACCCCGAGAGUUUCAAGGCUGAGGAUAUUUUCUAUCACAUGUCGAUGAAUGUGCUCGCGGGCGGAGAGACCACGGCUGCCUCGACCGCGAAUAUUGUUUACUAUCUGAUCAAGAAUCCAAGGGUGCUGAGCAAGCUGCGUGAAGAGUUGCAAGAGGCCUUGGGGAAGAGGGACGAGGCAAGCAAGAGGGUUUCGGUGAAGGAGGCGCAGAAUGUCCCUUACUUGCAGGCGGUGAUUAAGGAGUCGUUGAGAAUAUUGCCAAACGGCCUGCACUUGCCGCGUGUGGUGCCUAAAGGAGGCCUUAAUUUGGCCGGGCGAUUCUUUCCGGAAGGUACGAAGGUUGGCAUUAAUCCCUGGGUCGCCCACGCCAACCGAUCCGUAUAUGGAGAGGACGCCGAUGUCUUCCGGCCAGAGAGGUGGCUGGAGGAGGGAAGUAUGGAUGGAGAGAACAAGAUGGAGCAGUACUUCUUCACGGUUAGUGCUUUUGAUGCUCUCCUCGUCUUCAGCAACCCAGCAAUCACAACUACUCGUGGUGCCCAGAAUGUGGUAUUCCUGGCCCAAAUACUUCUCUCAAGCAAUGCCCGUUGUCCCACCCUCAGGGUGCGCCAAGAAAGAAAUUACCUUGGCGUCAACAGCACCUACUCUCUUCACUCUCUUGAGAAGAGAAAAGACGCGAGAAGAACGAGACUUGCUAACAUGUAUGGACGGGAACAGUUCGGCCGCGGCCCUCGUACGUGCCUAGGCAAAAACAUAUCGCUCAUGGAAAUGAACAAGCUCAUCCCGGAGCUGGUACUGCGCUUCGAUAUCGAGAUGGCGGAGAAAGACGCUGAGUGGACAGUAUACAAUGAUUGGUUCGUCAAGCAGGAAGGAUUUCGAGUCAAGGUAAGCAAGAGGCAGGAGACCGGCGUGCUUUUGUGA